CAGACCUACUUGUUGACUCUUCUUGAAUCAUGAGAGAUGAAAUAGCAACAACAGUCUUCUUUGUCACAAGAUUAGCAAAAAAACAUGAUAAAUUGAGUAAACAACAGAUAGAAGACUUUGCAGAAAAGUUGAUGACGAUCUUGUUUAAAACAUACAGAAGUCACUGGCACUCUGAUCACCCUUCUAAAGGUCAAGGCUUCAGGUGUAUCAGGAUAAACAAUAAUCAGAGUAAAGAUCCUAUUCUAGAAAGGGCUUGUGCUGAAAGUAAUGUGGAUUUUUCUCACCUGGGACUUCCGAAGGAGAUGACCAUAUGGGUAGAUCCCUUUGAAGUGUGCUGUAGGUAUGGUGAGAAAAAUCAUCCAUUUACAAUUGCUUCUUUCAAAGACAGAUGGGAGGAAUGGGAAUUAUCCCAACAAAUCAGUGAUGCUGUUAAUAGAGCCACGUUAGACUACUCCUCUGGCACUUCCUCUGAUGAAGAAAGUUGUAACAAAGAACCUCAGAUAAUUCCUAAAGUCAGAAAUCCAAAGAGUAUUUAUCAGGUUGAAAACUUGAAACAGCCCUUUCAAUCUUGGUUCCAUAUCCCCCACAAAAACAAUAUGGGCGAUGGCCGAAUGGGCCUCCUAGGAAAUGCUUAUCAUGCAUUGCAUAAGAUCCCUAAGGGUCACAGGCCUGCUGCUGGGCACCGGGUGGACAGAAUUCUACAAACUCCGCAUCUGAGACUGGGAAUUUGAAGCACCUGAUAGAAGAAGGAACCUUGGAAGGCAUUGUCUGAGGCUUCCAUGGCAGGAAGACGAGAAGCAAUCUGCAGGGUGAUUUCUGGAGCCUGAAAAGAAUAAAAAACAAACAAAAACAAAACCCACCCUUUUGCUAAAAAAUUCUCAUGUAGCUCAGUUAUGUAGCACCAACCAAGAAAGGGAAGUCAAUGCAUUGAGACAUCAAUUUAAAUUGUAACAGGAUAAGUGGAUUCAGUAUAGACUACAAGAAAGUGGAAG